GGUUGAUCGGUGUAUUGGGCUUCAUCGGAUGCUCCGGUUUCCUGCUACUGACCUACUGCCUUGAUUGUAAAGAAUAUCUGACUUGUAGUUGAGCAGUAAAACCUCUGACAGGAGCACAUUCAGUACUUUAAAGUGUUUAUUUAAUUUCAAACCACCAAACAUACAAUGUGAUGUUUACUUAUGCUGAUUAAAAACACACACCGCUAUAAACCUAUACACACUUCUUAUUAAUAAAUAAAGCGCACGGAACAACACGACGGUAUUUGCGCAUGCGCAUUAAACACUACUAGUCCAAAACCCCACUAAACUCCCUAUGUAGUGCACUACUUGUGUAUUCUUGACUUUUUACUUUAUUCAUGUAAAUUAAAAUUACAGUUAUAAAGUAAUAAAUACAAUAACGCACUACGAUAAAUUACGAUUAAAAACGACGCAAAAAUUUGAACAGAGCAGCUCACUGUGUAGUUUGUAGGAUGUAGGGAGUAGGGUGUAGGGUGUAGGGAGAAUGUCUGUUUUUAGAACCAGACACAUUUAAGCCUACCGGCUCAGUUAUUACUGGCUCCGGUUCAGACGUUUCUAACCAUCCAGUUCUUCAUUCACUCUCCAUUCUCUCCGAGCAUCGACAUGGAUCAGACCUGCACCCCUGCACCCAACUUCUCCUGGGUGGAUGAGAAUAAACUGGCAGGACUGGCAUGGCCCUCCAGUCCAGCACAUUACCGGUUUCUGGUCAGUAACGGGAUUAAACACUUGGUGUGUUUAUGUGAAACUAAAGCUCCAGGUUCUGAGAGCUGUCCUGAUUUAAAGCUUCACCACAUCAGCAUGGGGGACUUCACAGCUCCCAGUAUGAACCAGAUCCAGACUGUGCUGUCCAUCACUGAGGAUGCAAACACCAGAGGAGAGGCUGUCGGGGUGCACUGUAAGCAUGGACACGGGCGGACGGGAACCAUGCUGGCCUGCUACCUGGUAAAGAAGAGGAAGAUCUCUGCGGAGGAAUCAAUAAAACUCAUCCGAUCGCUCCGUCCGGGGUCCAUAGAGACGAAGGAGCAGGAGCGAGCCGUGCUGGAGUUUCAGCAAUACCUCGAUAAACAGAGCAUUAAGUAAACUAAGUAAACACUGGGACAUGAUUGGUUUCAUAUAUUGUCUUUAUUUAAAUGAUAUCUGGUUUAUAUUAGAUACAAUAAAUGAUUCUGUACUUUUACUGUACUGUAACAUUAUUGCUGGUGGGACCUCAGGCAUAACGAAAGCAAACAAACCAAAUCAUACCUCGUGUAAUUCAGGCUUUCUCGAGGUGCACGCCCAUGUGGGAUUAGGCAAUAGUUCAGGUUGGGUUUAGGUACAUGCAAAACUGUACCUGUGUAACCAUGGUGUUUGAUUCCUGUUUAAAUAGGUGCUUAGAAAACAAUGACGAGGCCCAUAAACACGUAUCUGUGCCGACUGAACCGGCGUGAGUGGUUUCUGUUUCCACUGGGAUAUAUUUAGGCUCUACAUUCCAACAUACCAUGUGAUAUUCUACUGUAUAGAGAGAAGUCUUGUAUCACCAGAUAUUUUAACACUAGAAGACUUCAAUGCCCGGUGCCUUUAAUUAUAAUACAAAAAUAAAAUAUAUAAAACAGCACAUUCUGUAUUGACUGCGAAGUACCAAAACUUACCAAACCUGUUUUUGGUUUUAAUAUGAGUAAUAAAAACUUGAAGGUGGCACUUGGGUGGCACAGCAGUCUCUCUAUCCACUCCUGGCUGGGUAAAAGAUGCUCGUAUUGAGGCUGGUGCCAGUCUGCGGAACCCCUCAGCCAGUGUCGGGAUGGUGCAAGUGGCAGAGGAAUUGUAAUAGGGAAAAUCCAACCACUACAUUGGGUGGAAAUUUUAAAAACGCCUAUUAUUAUUUUCCUUCUCUUUAAGUCUAAGUACAUGAGCCUAAACCUGAUUUAUAACCCAUACAAUUAUAGUUUCUGUCCCGCUGUGCCAAUAGAAUUUCUGUUUGACUGUAAUGCUGUAUAUGAAGGGUAUUUAGAAGCUGAAAUACCAGACCAGACUGCAACUCAAAUGUUUACUGACUCGGUGUAUGAGCUAUUAUUCUACCUUUGUUUUAAAAUAAUAAAAUAAAGUCAGUAAUUUAUUGUGAUGACCUUA